CCCUUCGUCGUCCCCCCCACCCCCAUGACGUCGCCGCCUCCCCGGGCCUUUGGCGACCGCGCUCCCCCUCUGCGCCAGUGCUGGGUGCAGCCCUUCAGCUCUCCGGACAAAGGAGCCCAGGCCCGCCGGGCUCUCGCGCGCUCCUUUCCCGGCGACGGCCAGCUGAGCCGGUGAUCGUCAUGGCUGGGCGCGACCUGUCCUCGCUCGCCCUCUGGCUCCUGCCGGGGCUGCUGGUGGCCUCCGCGGACGCCGCCGGCCUCUACUUCCACGAAGGGCAGAGCUGCUACAAGCCGCUUCCCCGCAACCUCCCCGGCGUCCGAACCUAUCCUCGUCCGCACGAAUAUUUGGAUAUCUCUAAGCUGCCCAAGAGCUGGGAUUGGAGAAGCAGAGAUGGAGUCAAUUAUGCGAGCACCACACGAAACCAACACAUCCCCCAAUACUGCGGAUCCUGCUGGGCUCAUGGCAGCACGAGUGCUCUAGCAGAUCGCAUAAAUAUCAAGAAGAAAGGUGCCUGGCCCUCAGCGUAUCUCUCUGUUCAAAAUGUGAUUGACUGUGCCAAUGCUGGAUCUUGUGAAGGAGGGGACGACAGUGGCGUGUGGCAAUAUGCUCAUGAACACGGCAUCCCGGAUGAAACAUGCAACAAUUAUCAAGCUAAAGACCAAGACUGCAAGAAAUUUAACCAAUGCGGAACGUGUACCACCUUCGGGGAAUGCCACGUGAUAAAAAAUUACAGCCUCUGGAAAGUGGGAGAUUAUGGAUCUGUGAGCGGCCGAGAGAAAAUGAUGGCGGAAAUCUAUGCAAAUGGACCUAUCAGUUGUGGGAUCAUGGCUACCCCAGGCCUGGACAACUAUACCGGAGGAAUUUAUACUGAAUAUCACUCUUCAUCUUUCAUCAACCACAUUAUCUCUGUUGCCGGUUGGGGUGUGGAAGAUGGAACCGAAUACUGGAUUGUCCGCAACUCAUGGGGCGAGCCGUGGGGUGAAAAAGGAUGGCUGCGCAUUGUGACGAGUGCAUAUAAAGGUGGGAAAGGAGCGGACUAUAAUCUGGCUGUUGAAGAACAGUGCACAUACGGAGACCCCAUCGUACCUUGAAUUCUUUUGCAAGAACUUUUUCAACUAGGUUUUUUUUUUUUUUUUACUUUUGAAAGGGAAAAUUUGCUUUCUGCAGGAUUGGUAGGCAACAUACGGACUUGUAAUUAAACUGAGUUGCCCAUUAAAGAUUUUGCAUAAAUUAUCAAAAUGAAUUUACUGAUUCUGCUGAGAAAACCUUGCACUGUUUUUCAAAUGGAAGUGAGCUGUGAUUUAACCUUGACUUUUUUUAGUCAGGGUUCAGGCCGGGAUAUGGGAGUGAGACUGCAUCUAUGUGCUCUUAGAUGACCUCUGCUGGGAGUGGGAUGGGGAGGUCCUAUUCCGGAGGCAUAGAAUCAAAGUCAUAUCUCAGCACCUUUCAAUACCAUCGAUUAUGGCAUCCUUCUGGACUGGUGAGUGGCACUGUUUUGGCGUGGUUCUCCUCUGGGGUCAGUUCCAGUUGAUUUUGGGAGAGGGGGAAGAUGUAGCCCACAGCCCCUAUUUUGUGGGUGCCCCAGGGCUCAGUUCUGUUUGUGAUAUCAAAAUACAAUCUUUCGAUCUCCAUUCUGGGCUGCCAUAGAUUUCUUGUCUUGGUGCUUGGAGGCUGUAAGAGUCUGUAUGGGGCACAAUGGUCCAAAUAAGAUAGAGUGGUUUUGGGCCUUCCGGUAACAAGGUUUUACCACCACUAGUCCUGAAUGUGGUGGCACUUGGACUCACAGCUUCUGCUAGAAAAGCAGGUGGCAGCCAUGGCCAGGAGGGCCUUUGCACGCCAUAGGGUGAUGUGCCUGUUGUGCCCGUGUCUGGAUUGGGAGGCUUUGUUCAUGGUCACUCAUGCCCUCAUGACUUCUCUUCUGGACUACCGCAAUGAGCUCUACAUGGGGCUGCCCUUGAAGAGCAUUCUGAAGCUCCAACUGGUAGAGAAUGCAGCUGUAUGGGGAGUAAAGGGUGUCCUUCAACACAUACACGACCACUGCUUUGCGAGUAGCAUUGGUUACCGGUGUGUUUCCAAGUGCAAUUCAAGGUACCAAUUAUCACCUUUGAAGCCUACAUGGUUUGCGGCUGGGUUCCUUCAGGACCAUCUUCUCCCAAUCAUUUCUACCCAUCCAACUCAAUCAGGCAGGUUGGAUAUGUUGCAGGUCCUGUUAGCCAAGGAAUGUCAUCUGGCAGAAACCAUGAGAAGUGCCUUCUCAGCCCUCCGGAAGAUUCUCCCUUCAGGUAUCAGAAUGAUCCCAACCCUGUCGGCCUUCACACAACUGUGAAAUUGUGUGUCCAGGCUUGGAGAACGAGUGUGUUAAGGACCCCAUUUCCUGGCUGUGUUAACAUCCACAGUAGCAGUUUUACUUGGUGCAAUACAUAUUUUGUACUUUUAAAUUAUUUUAAUGUUUUAUGAUGUACGCUACCCAGACUCACUUGAGAUGGGCAGCUAUAGAUAUAAAAUCAAAUAAAUAAAUAAUGCAAAUAA